GCACAAGAAUAGUGUUAGCCGAUCUGUUCACCUCCACUGACUCGGCCCAUGUCGGUCCCGUGCCACAUGAAUGCAGAUAACCAAUCGCAAUCGUUGAUGCCCUGCAUAUCGCAUGAUUAGCUCUUGUUCUGGACAGUACUCUUAACCCACAUUGUUGAGCAGUCUAAGAAUAGAUGCGGUGAUAUUUGGUGCCAUUCUUCCAGGUUUGGGCAUAUAAGGUACUUGUCUCCUCUUGCACUUGACCAUAGCCAGCAAUCGCAGGACGACUUAAUACACUUUUCUCUCUUCUUUUUGUCCCCUUUCCCUCUCCUCACUAGCCAGGCUGGUCCAGGCUCCUUUUGCGCUAUCAUUUAAUCACGAACCGGUUUUACGCCACUACAUUCUCUCCCAGUCCUCUGGUCCCCUACCAGCCCUCGAUCAACCUUUAUCCUUGAUUGGGUUGCCUCAUCAUCUGCUGUACAUAUAGAUCAAAGAUGUCGUCGUCAAUCACUCCAGCAAACUCCAAAUCUAACACCAAGAUGGCUGCCUCAAAAGAUGCAAAGUCGAAUGCCUCAAAGAUGCAUCGCCGUUCACGUACAGGCUGUUACACUUGCCGUCUUCGCAGAAAGAAGUGUGACGAGGGAAAGCCCGGUUGCAAAGCAUGCACUCAUCUGGGUGUCCAAUGUGUUUACAAACGUCCCAUGUGGUGGAGCAACACUGCCAAGCGUGCAGAACAGAAAGAGUUGGUCAAAGACAGAAUCAAGUUGACACAAACUGCAAAGAAGGCCAAAGAUGCAAGCACUCCUCCUCCAAGUCUCUGCAAAACCGAGACUGGUUCAGAUUCGAAGCCUUCAUCACGAACGCCCUCUGUCUGUACACCUUUUGCUCCAGAGAUCAACUUUACGCAAGUCUCGCCCGAAGGUUAUUUUGCUCUUCCCCCGCCAGAGGCACUCCUGUCGCAUCCUCCGUACCCCAUGUUCUCCCCUUAUGAAGUUGACAUCAAGACUGAACGCCAAAUCUUCAUUAACGAUGUCCCCACUCGACGCGACUCGACCAUCUCCACAUUCAGUACCUUUCAACCACCGCCAAUGGGAUCAAGCUGUCAUGGCUUCGCUCCGGAAAGCUGGGUGCAACAAGAUUACUUCGAGAUGCAACAAGAAUCAUUCACAGAGGAGCCUGUCAACUUCGAGUUUUUCGACUUGCCGCAUGGAAAAACUGCACCAAAUCAUGAGACCGUCAUCGAGGUAGACGAAGCCGACAAACCUCUGCUCAACCAUUUCAUCCAAAAGGUUUCGAAACUCAUCUUCCCCAUCCUCGAUGCCAACCAGCACAGUUCCACUCGCUCAGACAUCAUCUUGCCUGCACUUGAGACCAACAAAAGCUAUCUGCAUUGUUGCUUGAGCGUGUCAGGUCUCCAUAAGAAAUCCACCGAGGACGUUCCUUCAGAAGAGAUCGACGAGCACAUUCUGCGACAUCGCUAUGCAGCGAUAUCCGAACUAUGCGCGGCGUUGAACGAAGACAAGAACCAUGCUCAAAUCCUUGAAGCCACUCUGGGCAUGAUAUUUUUCCAGUGCUCUGUAGGUCGAGCGACGGAUACGAUCCCCGACAUACCGUGGCAUCAACACUUCCAGGCUGCUUCCGACCUUGUCGAUCGCCUUGAACUUCCGACUACUGUCAUAGCAGCGAUGCAAUGUGGUGAUGUGUCGCGUCCUCCUUUCAACAUGGCCCUCACGGCUUGGAUCGAUAUUCUUGGAGCGACUAUGCUUGGACGCUAUCCGCGAUUUGCCGACACAUAUCGUGACCUCAACAUUGGCAAAGGUAGCGCUGGCUUGUCGGAACUCAUGGGUUGCGAUGACAACAUCAUGUUCUUGAUCUCGGAGAUUGCUUGCCUUGAAGCUCACAAGCUUGAAGGCAUGGAUGAUCUGGUGCUUUGCGACUAUGUCAAGAUUCUUGGACAUAGCAUUGGCUACUGUGAACCAGGACCCGGUGCAGUGAAGAGCGCCUUUUCCGGUACUGGAGCCAUCAAGCCCAAGCAACUUAGUAUCAAUGUGACAGCGGCUUUUAUGUACGCCGCGCGCAUCUACCUUUGCUCACUCGUGCCUGGCUUCAGACUCGACGAUCAUAAUGUGACCAGCUUGGUCAGCGCAUUCUGCAAUGUCAUGGAGUACAUCCCGGCUGGACCGGAAGGCCACGACCGUUCACUGGUCUGGCCAUUGCUCGUAGUUGGAUCAGUAUCUUUGCCGACGUCGUCUUUCCGCAGCAUGUUUGAAGAACGCUGUUCGCGCUUGGGCGAGGCAGCCAGCUUUGGCUCCUUCGGUCGUGUUCGCGAGCUUUUCAAGGAUGUCUGGCUGCUGGUCGACAGUGAAGCAGCCAUCGGAAGCUACCAGAACGUCUCCUGGCGAGACGUGAUGAGGCAGAAGGAAUGGGACUUUCUGUUGAUCUGAAACUCCCUUUUCAUCCACCUUGACGGUGUGAUGAGUCCCCCUGUUUGUCCUGGUCUGGUAACUUUCCCCUUUUAAUAUUUGUACAUAUGGCGGAUUGUUCACGAAGUCACGAUACACCCCGGUCGCCGCAUCAGAGCGGUGCAACACAUGUAAUGGAACAAAGUGUGUUUUGUUUUGUUUUUCUUUCCUUUGAUUCUCUCAUGGCAGUUAUACCCGCAGCCGGUCGAAGGCAUGUCAUUCUGCCUGACAUGGUCGUCUCGUAUGAAG